AUGGCUGAUAUACUGGAUCAGCCAGAUAAUGAUCUGGAUCUGUAUGGAGACGGUGAGCUUGACACUCGCUUCAGUGAACGUGAUGUGUUGGGUGAUGACGAUGACGAUAUCGCUAAGGAUGGACAAAAUAGUCACGCAUCGAAAAACGGUAAUACUGCAAAUGAAGCAAAAAUAGUGAAGUCUGAAAUAAAUGAUACGACGGAUUUAUACGACGCUGCGAUUGAACCAUCUGGGCAAAUUGUGAAAACAGAGUCGCUGCUUGUAAAAUCUAGCGUUACUGCUACGCCACAAGAAAGUCAAUCAAAAGCUCUUCCAGCACUCGGUGUAAACCAAAACAACACUGGUCGAAGAUACUGUUGUUAUAUAGGUAACAUGACAUGGUGGACAACUGAUGUUGAUUUGCAAACGAUGAUAUUAUCUUGUGGUGCUACGAAUUUAAUCGAUAUCAAAUUUUAUGAAAAUCGAAAUAAUGGUCAGAGCAAAGGUUUUGCGUUAGCAGUUUUUACUGCUGAAAGUUCAGUCAAAACAGUUAUGGAGAAAUUACCACAAAAAACACUUCAUGGACAGCAGCUUGUCGUUCUUCCAUACACAAAAGCAUCGCUGGCAAAAUUCGAAGAUGCCACCAGACGAGUCGAUCAGAGAAAUGACAAAAAGGAUACCAAGAAGGAUGACCAAAAAACGCCGUUUGUUGGGACCAUUCGCAUCGGUAUGCCACCACAACAGCCAUUACAGCCGGGACAAAUGAAUAUACCACCACCCGUACCAUUGCGACCACAGGUCCAGGUUCCUCCACCGAUUCCAUCGUUGCGUCCACCAGCUCAGGUUGCGCUAAUAUUGCCUCCCAAUCAGCAGCCUCCGCAGUUGCGCGGUCCUCCACCAACCUCACAACCUCUUCCGCUUGGUGCACUUAGUGUGACUCGACCGCCGGUCAACCUAAGUGCUCCACCGCCAAAUAUACCACAAGUUCAGUUGUCAGCAGGAGCGCCGCCACCCGGUGCUCCACCAAUGAAUCGACCACCUCCUGGUUUUGGCCAACCACCACAAGCCUUGCCACCAAUGUCGUCGGCGGGACCAUCAGGUCCAUCGAGCACGUCGCAGCCAGUAACAGGAAUGGCUCCACCCGGUGCUCCACCUACAUCGCAUCCUCCCCCUUCCUUUCCUCCGCCAGGUGCCCACAUUAAUCCGCAAGUAUACCGUCAGAAUUACGGAGGAGGGCCAGCGUCAGUUCCUUGCAGCAUUGAAGGAGUGUCAGAAGCUGAAUUUGAGGAAAUAAUGAAUCGUAACCGUACUGUUUCGUCGUCAGCUAUAACGCGUGCGGUGAGCGAUGCUGCCGCAAAUGAUUACGCAUCCGCUAUUGAAACACUGGUCACCGCAAUAUCGCUUAUUCGACAAAGUCGUGUUGCUAAUGAUGAUCGGUGCAAAGUCCUCAUUUCUUCACUGCAGGACACUUUGAAUGGAAUAGAGAGUAAAUCAUACAAUUCAUCUUCACGUAAGCAUCGAUCAAAUCGUGAUCGUUCGCGGUCGCCAUCUGAGCGGUCUCGUAAGCGGCAUCGUCGCUCAUCCAGAAGUCGAUCCCGUUCCCGAGAACGUUAUGACUACUCACCACGACAUUCCUCUUCAUCAGGUCGACGUGCAUAUUAA